AUGUGUGGUGUGACACUCCCAGUAUUCAGCCUGUUGUUGAGCCUGCUACCUACCUCUAGAUACAAGAGCACAGAUGUCACACGGGAGGAUAAGUUAUGUUUGUUCCUAGCUAAACUUCGCCUUGGGAUAACAUACAGCGCCUUGGCAGUUAUAUUCGGAGUGAGUGCGACAACUGCAUCAAACAUCUUCAAGAAAAUACUCGAGAUCUUGAGUGUGGUGCUGCAGGAAUGGGUCUACGUGCCACCAAGAGAAGUCAUCAAGCUGUCCAUGCCACCUGCAUUUAAAGUAAACUACCCUAACUGCAGUUUCAUCAUAGACUGCAGUGAAAUCCGUACAGAAAUGCCGUCAAAACCAGAUUGCCAGCAUGUUUUAUAUUCCAACUACAAGGCAGGCUACACCGUAAAGUUUCUUGUAGGCAUCAUCCCCAAUGGAAUGAUAACCUUUGUGUCUAAGGUGUAUGGCGGGCGGCAUACUGACUCCUUCAUCACGCAAGACUCUGGAUUCCUAGAGCUCAUCAAACCUGGUGAUCUCGUCCUAAGUGACAAAGGGUUUCCUAGCAUUAGGACAAACGUAGAAGGAAAAGGUGGAGUUCUACUCAUGCCCCCAUUUAAUUCUGGGGGUCAGAUGUCUGAAGAGGCCAUGGACAGUACAUACAAAAUUGCAGCUGUACGCAUUCACGUUGAGCGCGUCAUUCAGAGGUUAAAAAUUUACAAAAUAUUAUCGAACAGACUACCUCUAAGCUUGGUCCCCCACAUGAGCAAAGUGCUUUCUGUUUGCGCUGCCCUUGUCAACAUGCAGCCGCCUAUUAUAAAGAAAUGA